AUGGAGCUAUUUAGAAAAGAGCUUCAAAACUACGUGGCGAUGAAAGAAGACACAGAGUACCAAUUUCAAUUGAGCAAACGACCUUCAGAAGAAGAACCUCGUCGCAAGCACAAUAACAAUUCCUACAGAGGUGAUUUAUCAAUCUCAACUGGCCAUUCACUCCUAUCAAAUGGGAGACGAAACAAUAGACGAAAGAAUACCUGCAUUUUCUGCGAAGAAACCCACUGGAGCGACGAAUGUCCGAAGUACACCACUAUAUCAGCCAGAAAAGAAAUAAUCAAAGGGCGCUGUUUUUCUUGCUUUAGCCCGAAUCACCAAUCAAAGGAAUGCAAAAAGAUGACAUCAUGUUAUCAUUGUGGAGAAUCAAGGCGGGAUCAUCGAAGUUUGUGUCCUCAGAAGUUUCCGUCGAAAGUCGAGUUAAGUAAUGAAGGAACGUUGCAACAAAGAGAAAGUGCGUCUAAUCCUACAAACGCAACAUUCAUGGAAACAAGAAUUUUACUUGACUGUGGUAGCAAUCGUACAUACAUAACAAAGGAACUUUCAGAGAAAUUACAGCUGAAAGAGAUUGACAAAGAAACUGUAACUACGUACACUUUUGGCUGCAAGAAACCGAAAAGCUUCUUGUCAACCUUAGUAGAAUUAAAUCUUCAGAAGAAUGAUGGAAAGCCGUUACUAAUCAAAGCACGAGUUGUUCCACAUAUAACUGGGACGGUUGAAAGAACCCCCAUCGACAUAACUCGAAGAAGAAAAUUGGAAAGUAAUUUUGAGCUAUCUGACACCCUACCUACGACCCUACAGACGUCAACCCUUGGCUUACUCAUUGGAAAUGACCACUAUCAUGACAUUGUACUACCAGAAAGGAAGAAAGUCGAUAAUGGUUUGUGUCUUAUCAACUCUUUGUUUGGUUGGAUCCUUAGUGGUAGAAUUUCAGAGAAUGAGAAGCACACCAGUGAUGUGUCUAUGUUUGUGAUGACACAUACUACAGCUGAUCAAUCAUUUGCAGAGAUACAAAAGAUGAAACCUCUAGAUGAAUGCGAAAACCUUGAACCUGAUAUUGAAGCAUUAUGGAGCUUAGAAACUAUUGGUAUAGACACCAAGAACAAAUCAGAGAGCAACGUAUUACAAGCGUUCAAAGAAACAGUCAAAAUGGAAAACGGAAGAUAUCAAGUUUCAUGGCCUUGGAAGGAAGAUGAACCUAAUAUACCAGAUAAUUAUGAACUAUGGGCCCCAAAAGAAUAUCAAGGAAGAGUCCACUACAUCCCUCACCAUGUCGUCGAAAACCCUGAGAAAGAUAAGAUUCGGAUAGUUUAUGACGCGUCAGCCAAGACGAAAAAGAGCAACCAGUCCUUAAACGAAUGUCUUCAUCGAGGACCAGUGAUAUUAGAAGAUCUUGCAGGGCUACUAAUGAGGUUCAGAACCAAGAAGAUUGGAUUGAUUGCCGACAUUGAAAAAGCAUUUCUGCAAAUUAGUAUACAGCCUCAAGAUCGCGAUGUUACAAGACUCCUAUGGCUAAAAGACAUCAACCGUCCACCAACUAAGGAAAAUCUUGAAGAAUACCGCUUUACCCGAGUACCAUUUGGCAUCAUCUCAAGUCCAUUCUUACUCGCAGUAACCGUGCAAAAUCAUUUGGAACAGAAUAGCACACCAGAAGCACUUCAGAUAAAGGAUGAUAUCUAUGUCGAUAACCUUAUCACUGGAAAAGACGAUCAAGAAGAAGCAAAGCUAUUCUACCACAAAGCAAAAGAAAUCUUUAACGAUGCCAACAUGAAUUUACGAGAUUGGAAGUCAAAUAGUGAAGAGUUUAAUGAAAGUCUACCAUUAGAAGAUAAAAUACUGGAAGAAAAUACGAAGGUGCUCGGCAUGACUUGGAAAUCGAUAAGAGACACCCUGCACAUAGCAACACAGCGAUUCAACGCUCUAGAGGCAGCUUCAUCUAAACGACAAGUAUUGACUACAAUUGCAUCUAUAUUUGACCCACUUGGGUAUUUGUCACCAGCAACGAUUGAAAUGAAAUUAUUUUUGCAAAGACUUUGGAUACAUGGACACAAGUGGGAUGUCGAGUUAGAUAACUCUCUAAAAGACGAAUGGAAGGCAAUUAUUACUAAAACUAAAAACCUUGCAGAUAUUGCUAUACCAAGAUACGUUGGAAGUGAAAAUUUAGAGCUAAUUUGCUUCUGUGAUGCAUCCAGAAAAGCUUACGCUACAACAAUCUACCUUCGAUCAAUCAAAGACGGAACGACAGUGGUCAACCUAGUAUUUGCAAAGUCAAGAGUUGCUCCAAAGAAAGAAUUGACUAUACCACGUCUUGAACUACUUUCAGUUUUGAUUGGAUGUCGAAGCCUUGAGUUUGUUAAACGGCAGUUGAAGAUCCAAACAAUCAAAUGCAUCUUGUGGACUGAUUCGAUGUGUGUACUUUCAUGGAUCAAGGGCACAAAAACGAGUUCAGUCUUUGUCAAUAACAGAAUAUCAGAGAUCAAACAAUUGCCGAACACCACAAUCAAAUACAUUUUUGCUGCUUUUCGUUUUGGUCGUGAAUUCGAAUUUCUUCUGCGAUUAUUUUCCUGUUCGUUCAGCGGUGUAGCGCCGGAAUUUUCUUUUGAGUGUUCUUCAACGUUGCUGAUCUCUUCGUCGUUUGUUUCAAGCGGGUAUAGAUGA